UUAGUGAGGAUCAUUGACAACGUAUACGACAACGACUACCAUCAUUUGUGGGAAAGGAUCAUUGAGCAUAGAGGCGUGAUGCAGGCUACGCGCGUUUUGAAGUUAAUGGAGAAUAUAGCAGACGCAGUAAUGGACUACGUCAGUCAUCAGGACAUCAACGAAAUGAACCUACGGAGGAACAACAUAGAUAUUCCGGAGAAAUCUGCGGUUACGUUUCUUAAUUUUGACAGCCUACACGCUCUGCUGACUACAAGUGAAUAUCUUGAUGAGAGGAGGCAGAUCAUCAACUCUAGAAUCGUAGGUAUUUCAACGGAGCUACUUCCAGUGGAACCUUUAUCCGAACCUCUGGCCAUCCGGUUUGAACAUUUCCAGGCAGGGAAAAACCCAACGUGUGUUUUCCUGGACAUAGUGAAUGUGCAAGGCCUGUAUAACCCUAGUGGAUGUCAGGUAUUUGAACACACCGAAGACUACACAGUCUGCCAAUGCUCUCAUCUCCAGAGGGCCUUUGCUCUUCUGAUGGAGGUUCGGGAAGAGGAAGUAUGUCUUGGUUUGACCGUACUAUCACAUCUAAGUGUGUUGUGCACGUUCUACUGGCUGGUACCUUUGUGCCUCCAACAUUACCUGGACGUGCUGGCGCCCCGUGCCGAGUCACCCUGGUGGAGGUACCGGAUACUGGGCUGGGGUCCGCCCGUGGCUGUGGCAGCCGUGACCGUGGGGAUAAACUACCAGGCCUACCUAGAUCUGAACGGAAAAUGUGUUCUGCCUGUUGAUGACUAUCUGAUUCUUGCAAUGACAGCACCGGCUGGCUUCGCUGUCCUGGUUGCCACAACUGUUAUCAUCAUAACAGUCCGCGUGGACCAUGUCAUCUCUAAGACCAUGAAAGGGGCCGCUUUCAAGAAACCCAGGAUGGAGAAAAUUGGGUAA